GCGCAGGCAGGGACGGACGGAGUCGGUGCUGCAUGUCCCGAACCGCUGUGGUCUUGCUGUGGGUCUCGGAGAGAACGCUGGGUCUGGAGCCAAGGCCCCGGAGCGGCGCGGCGCCAAGCCAAUCAUGGAGCCCGGCAGCAUGGAGAACCUGUCCAUUGUGUACCGGAGCAGCGACUUUCUGGUGGUGAACAAGCACUGGGAUGUGCGCAUUGACAGCAAGAUGUGGCGGGAGACCCUGACCCUCCAGAAGCAGCUGCGGCACCGCUUCCCUGAGCUGGCUGACCCUGACACCUGCUAUGGGUUCAGGUACAUAGGGCAGGGAAAAGGUGGUCUCUCAGCAGUGUCUGUACAAGGAGGUGGCUCAGAUAAGAUGCUGGACACCACAGUGAAAGCCACUGCCCCUCAGCCUAGCCAGCGCUGAUGCUCUGCCGUGCCACAGGUUCUGCCACCAGCUAGACUUCUCCACCAGCGGGGCACUGUGUGUGGCCCUGAACAAGGCAGCUGCAGGCAGUGCUUACAGAUGCUUCAAGGAGCGACGAGUGACCAAGGCUUACUUGGCACUAGUUGUGAGAACCCAAAGCCAAGCCUCACGGAGCUAGUGGUCCUAGAACAUGGACUAUAUGCUGGUGACCCUGUCUCCAAAGUGUUACUAAAGCCUCUCACAGGCCGAACACACCAGCUACGGGUUCACUGCAGCGCCCUUGGCCACCCUGUGGUGGGUGACCUGACCUAUGGGCAGGCUGCAGGCCAGGAGGACCAACCUUUCCGUAUGAUGCUGCACGCCCUCUACCUGCGCAUCCCCACACAGGCCGAGUGCAUAGAGGCCUGCACUCCAGACCCCUUCCUGCCUUCCCUCGAUGCCUGCUGGAGCCCCCACAUCCUGGUCCAGCCGCUUGACCAGCUCAUCCAGGCCUUACGGGCCACCCCUGACCCUGGCCCCAUGGACAGGUGCCCUGGGCCAUGCAGCCCCUCUGCACUCCUGCCUGGGCCUGACCGGCCCCCACCUCUCUGCACCAAUCCCCCUGAGACGGAGGCACAACGAGCCUCCUGCCUACAGUGGCUAUCAGAGUGGACCCUGGAACCGGACAACUAAGCCCCAUUGGGCUACAGUAGGGGAUGGUGGGCUGGGACCCCAGGGGCCUGGGGCUAUGUGACACAGCCCUAGGUCCAUCCCAAAGAAGAUGGUGUCUCUCCUGGUCAAGGUGGAGGAGAGUUGAACCCACCAGGCUGCCCAGGGCAGACCUGCAGGAAGGACUGUCAAGUCCAGCAGGGGGCGCCAGGCAACCAUGCUCUCUGGCAAGGAUGGAGUGCUCCAGCUGGGACUGAAGCUGAUGUGGGGCCCCGCCUCCCAGUGUUCCCUAGGGAAACCUAGGGCAUUCUUUCCUAUAGGCAUCCACCUCUGAAGCUUCAUCCCAGGGGCUUCCGUUUUAUCAACCUUCCCAAACUUACCCGUUAAGAAAGGUAGAACCAGAGUCUGGGCUAGCCUUUGCCCCCCAAUGGGCUUCUCACCUUAGAGAGGCUGGAGAUGGCUGUUCUGGCCUCAUCGUCUGGGCCUCAGCCCAGACCCCCGGUCCUUGUGCUCCAAAGGCUCUUCUCUGAUUCUCUCACCCUGUCUCUCCUGCAGACCCUGACCCUCCCCUGCCGGCAGGGGUCUGUGUGCUGUGCCCAGACCUGCCUCGUGCCUUUGCUUUUGCUGAACUCUGCUCUCGGGCCUCAUCCUUCUCCACCUGGAUCCUGAGCUUGGGACUGGCACUUGGUCUGUCAGUGCAGAGGUCCGUCAGGAGCAGUAGAGGCCCUGGAGUGCACACCUGCCCAUCCAGACCUGCUGCUGGGCCUUGCCAGCCUCAUCCUCAGUUCCUGCCACGUCACCCCUGCCUGGUUCCCACACAGCCACUGCCUAUCGCUCUCUGCCAUCAGAGCCCUAGCUUGGGAGCCAUGAGCUGGCUGGUCCCCCUUUCUCUGCCUGCCUGCGCUGGGCCUUAGGGACUCAAAAUAAAUGCUCAGUGAUUGGCCCUAAAAGUGACCAUGAGUGUUUCUGAAGUAGGUUGUUCUGGAGGACAGAUUGGGGCACCCAAACCCAUCCUAGCCCUGUCCCUGUAGUCACAAGCUGUGUCUGCCCAGGAGGCCACCACCCUGCAGGACCCAGGAUAGACAUGGUCCUGGCAGCUGACAAGUUGCUCUUCCUGGCACUGAGUACCCUGCAGCCCUGGCUUAGGGACAGAAGCUGAGUUAGCUCACCUGGACAACCCCCAGCCCUCCUAGCCCCAAGCCCUGGAGCACCCAGAUGGCCUCAGGCUGGACACCUCUGUCCAACACAUUCAGCCCCUUCCAGUGCUCCAAUGUGCCAGGCCCCGCAGGGCACAUUCCCACCUCCUCACAGCUGCCUGGGCACCAUCCUACAUAGUGCUGCUCUAACAUGCAGGUCCUGAGUCCCUGCCACCCUGGACUCUGAGGUGAUGAGCUUCAUUGCUUCCCAACCUUGGCACUUCUCUAAAGGUCCAAGAGCUGGGGCUGGGGAGAGACUAUCAGAGAUCCCUUUCUUCUUUCCCCCAGGAAGCUCCUUCACCCACAGCAAUUUGCCAUGUGAAGGAAGAUGGGCUGCUCAUGGCUCCCUUAGAGCUCACCUCAGGAGGCAGCUUUUCAUACAAGGACAGAGUGAACCAUUUUUUCCCCAGGUCCCUUUUUGGUGCCACCACAUUGGCCAUUCUUCAAACACCUUGGAGAUGGAGCUACAGUGGCCAUAGUCCUUCCCUAACCUUCAGGACCAGCUCCCACCCUGCAGUCAGGGCAGGAGCUCAAAGAGUUGCCUCCAUAUCACUGCUGUGCUGUGGGCACCCACUAGCCACCAAGUGCCAGAUGCCCCUGGGUGAUAUCAGGAUGGAUGUCAGCCAGGGGCUGAGGGCCUGAGGAAGACCCCAGUACACAGGGAAAGGCUUCUGAGAGAGCACAGGAUGGGCAUGGCUGGCUGCAGAGAACUGAGCCAGGUGUGGGCUGGAGAGUGAGCCUGUAGAGCCUGGGAGGACACGCACAGGAAGGUGGCAGAUAGGCAGGAGGGAGGCAGGGGAUCCUGGGGAAGGCUCUGCCUCUGGUGCACCCUCUCACCCAUCUAGUUCCUCCCCUCAAAGAUGCCUGUGGCUCCUGGUGGUCUCCUAGGACCCAAAGACCCCUCUGAUCACCACCUUUCAGCCAACCCUCACCUCCCUGUUAAGUAGGAUGCUUCUGGUCUGAGGCUUCCAAACUUGAGCUCCACCCACCCUACCUGCCACUCACCCCCUAGCUGUGGGGUGGCAAGGCUCCAUGGGUGUGAGUACGGCUACACGGUGUGGACAUAACAGAUGGGGGACGAGGGGCCAUCCUCAGACAACAGUGGCUGAGCAGGUGCCCCAGGCAGGGCAUGAGCAAAGUAUGGCAUGGCAAUGCAGAGGCUCUGCCAGGAGAACACACAGGUAGUGGGCACUCCCCAGCGGGUGGCCUCAAGAAGUCGUUCAGUCUCUCUGGACUGUUUCCUGUCCUGUAAAUGAGGGUUACAGCUGAACCAAGGAUCAUGGGGCAGAUCCAGUAAGAUGGUCUGUGAAAGAGCAUGGGAUGAGGUGUUGCAACCCUAGAGGCCAAGCAUGCUGUCUGUGUCCCAGCUGACCUGUGAGGAGUCUCCUCCAGCGGGGCCUGGGCUCUGGAGUGGGUAGAGACUCUCACCACAUGACACUGCUCCCCAAAACCCUUUAGCAUCUAGAGCCUUUGUGUGCCCUUGGUCUUUGGCCAAGGUGAAUGCUCAGGGCUUGAGGUGGAGUCAGCGAGCCUCAGAGUCAGUGCUAGGUCCCAGGUGGCUGCUCCCUCUACCUAGGACCCUGUCUCCCAACCUGGCCCUGGACCCAGCCCCUCUAGACUUUGGGGACCUCACUACUCCUCACCACAGCUGCUACAGCUGUUAAAGUCACUGUGUUCAGCCAAGAGACACUUUGAGGCCCAUCCUGAGCUAGACAGGAUGUGGAUGAGCCAGGCCACCCUAGCUCUGUCCCCUGUAGGCCCACUGGGCUCUCCUGCUGUCUCACCUUCUACCUUGCCCUUACCCAGACUCACAGUGAGUGGCAUCCCUGAGGAUGUGGCUGCAACUUGAGCUAACCAGGGCCCUCAGGGACAGGGCUGUGUGUGGCUCAGUUAUUUGCCAAUGAGGCUGCCCCUGGCAUGUGCUUAUACACAUCCUCUCUGCCCAUGGUGCACACAAAUGUGCAUGCACAGAAGGACCACAGGCCUCACUAGGCCCAGCCCCUACAAUGGGUUCAUGUGUGCCCGAUGUCCCUGCAUGGGGACACACACAGGGGCUCAGCACAUGUGUCAGUGCUCCAUGGGACUGAGGUGCACGCGCAUGCAGCUGUGCAGACACAGACACUGGCACAGGCAACUCUCCAGGCCCAGGUGAGGGGGUGUGUGCUGAGCAGCUGCCAGCUGUGAGCUCAGCUUCUGCUCUCAUGGGGCCAGGGAGCAGGUGCCCAUGCCUGCUGCACCAAGGCCCUUAGGGGCUGAUACAUGGUGUCACCUGCCACAGCCCAGGC